UUGUGACCAGCAUUGACCUGACAUUUACUGAAGUCAAGAUCCCUCCAACGGAGACCAACUACUACUGCAUGUCCUUCGACCUGCCCAACGACCAGGAUUACCACAUCGUAGCCAACGAACCUGUUAUCUCGAACCAUAAAGUCUUGCAUCACAUGUUGUUGUAUGCAUGUGAUAACUCUACCGAUGUGUCCAUUCUGGCACCAACCUUCUGUGGAAUGAAAGGAUCACCUAACUGCCUGACUCUCAUUGGAACAUGGACCGUGGGAGUAAGCGGGUUCUGUUACGGUAACAGAGCUGGCUUCAAAAUCGGCAAAAAUGGUUACACCAAAGCAGUUCUUCAGAUCCACUACAACAACCCGACGUUAUCGCAUGACUACACCGACUCCAGCGGUAUCCGUCUGCACUACCAACCCGUCCAGCCUGGAGACCAGGACCUGAUCACACUGAUGACUGGCCAGCUCUUUCUGCAGCUUCCACCAGGUCAAAGUCGAGUGGAAGAAGUUGCCUCCUGUCCUCACUACUGCACCCGUGCGCUGAUAACCAAGCCAGCUUACGUCAUCAGUACAAUGAACCACAUGCAUUACCUGGGUCGGGGCAUGAAUGUUGCAAUAUUCAGAGACGGAGCCAAAGUCAUAGACAUCUCCAAGGACGACACUUUCAGUUACGACUCACCGGUUUACCAUGUGAUCAACCCACCCUUUGAACUGCUGCCUGGUGACGAGAUACGAACAACCUGUGUGUUUAGCACUCUGACUUCAACUCGUUAUGUCUACUACGGCGAGGCCACCUCCGAAGAAAUGUGUUUCGGAUUCCUCACCAUGUAUCCAAAACAGGCUUUGGUGACCGACACGUGUUUUUCAUUUGGGCCCUAUUCUGCGUGUGACUUGAAGAUGGGAAUGCCUAUGGAUCAAUGUGAUUGGGUUCAGUUCCUCAACGUCUCCAACCCGGCCACGGGGAAAAUGAUGUUUGAGGUUACCAAGAGCUGUAACCUGGACGGAUUCUGCAGGCCUGAAUGUCGGGAUGUCCUGCAAGGACUCAAGCAGCACCCAUGCCUGAAAGGACACGCCAAUCUAUGGAUUACUCGCCUCAUGUCCCAAACGAUAGAAGGAUUAGAUUUUCUGGGCCGUCUACGCUCGUGCCCUACGGACGAAACAUGCACUAGCCAGUGUCCGAAUCACACUUGUAGUGAUCACUGUACAGUCCAUACUUGCAACAUGACUUGUCCGAAAUGUGAUCUUUACAUCAGUAAAGAUGAUUCUCACAAGAUGGCUGCUAAUUCAGCCAUUGUCAUCUUUCUUUUUGCUUUUUUGAUUUUUGGAUAA